CUCGCAGCACAUCUCCGUCGCACGCCCGGCCCCUUGGCCUCCCUCUCCUCUCCACGCCGACCAGCGCGCCCGUCUGCUCCCCCCCGACGCUGGCUGCACAAUCAUGUCUCUCAACGGGCUCGACGCGGUGCAGGUCACACAGGCCUACCAGGGGGCUCUGGCCGAGGCCGGUGGAUGGUUCCUGCUCAAGUACACGUCCAGGGAUGCCGUCGAGGUCCUUACGCGCGGAUCCGGUGGAGUCGGAGAAGCACGCACCGCCGUCGCCCAAUACGACGAGACGUCGCCGCUAUACGGCCUGCUGCUGUACCGCCGCCGCAAGGUGCUCGUCCGCUACGUGCCCGAGGGGACCUCGCGCCUGCUGCAAGCCCGCGUCGCGGUGCACUUCAUCGCCGUCACGGAAAAGUUCGCUCCGCACGACCUGGUCCUCUCCAUCUCCACACCGGAUGAGCUAAGCGAUGCCGCCCUUGCAUCGGCCUGCACCCUGCACACCGCCGCGCCCUCGAGCUCGUCUUCCAGCGGCUCCUCGCGCCAGCAGAAACUGAGCUGGAUCCGCGAAGAAUCAGAGGUGGGCAGCCAGGCCGGCCCCGACGACACCACCGCCCACACCGCCACCCGCGCCCCCUUGAUACCCACCAUCCACGAGCCCGCUGCCGGCGACGAGGAACCGCCCUCGCGCAACAGCUCCAUCACCUCGCAGGCGCCCGAGCCCGAGCACGAGCCCUCCCCUAUUCGCGUCGAAGAGAAGACGGUCGAGUCCAAGCCGCCGCCGGAGAUUUCCCACGUCACCAUCGGGACCGUAACCGAGACGCUAGCCUCUCCCGACUCCGACCUGACCGACAUCCACGAGACGCUCAAGAGCUACGACAGGCUGUUCGACGCCGGCUCUGAACCGCGAAGCUCCUCGCAGACGGCCCGGCCCGACUACAACGAGCUGUACGAGCACUACCUGGCCCAGUACACAAAGCCAAAAGUAAACUUGGGGCCCCGGCCACGAGCAUCGCAGGAAAGCAAGAGACCACACACCUCGGGCAGCGCCUCGCAAAUCGUUGCGAAGACCGUCUCGAGUUUGCCCUCUAACCUCCGCUCUGCGACCCGCAAAGCCACCGAGCAGAAAAAAACUGGAGACGUGACAUCCGCCUCCACCAUCUCAAUUCCUCUUCCCCCAACACCAUCAACACCCAAUCUUCCAGUCUCGCCCAUCUCCAUCACCUUCACAUCCAGAAGCCCUGCCAGCGUUCGGUCUAUGCCAGUCUCCGGAUACAACAGCCACCGCAGAUCUACAGGCAUCACACAGGACAAAGUCAGAUUGAUGAAGGCUGUGGAGCUGCGAAAGAAGCAAAUAAAAGCUCAACAGGAGAAGCAAGCAAGUACGGCGGAAGUGGAGAUUGUGGAACAAGCCAAGGACGCUGAACCUGAGGAGGUUGAUGCUACAGCGUCUGACAAUCUAAGCAACGAUCUCAGCCCUGAACUCGACUCGGGUGUGUCAUUUACCGUUGGAGAUACUGAAGAGUCUGAUACCGACAAGGAUACGUCUUUUGGAGAGGACAUACCAUCUGUUUCCACCCUGGAUAUUUCUGGUAUGGUCUUCGCAGCUAGCCAGGUGGAGAGAGACGAUCUGAAUUCCACAACGUCAAUAUCGUCUCCUGUGUCAGCUCUAACCCACGGAUCGUCGGUUGCGCCUUCGACUCGUCCAUCAUCCAUGUCCGAGGACGACCACCACAAGUCGGAAGACGAGCACAGCACUAUGGAUCUCAACGAGACCAGCACUAUGGAUCCCAACGAGACCAGCACUAUGGAUCCACUCGAUGAACAGCUGUCAGUGGGCAGCUCACCAACAGUAGUCCCCGAAAGCAGGACUCCCAUUCCUUCAAUCCACUUGCGCGUACAGUCAAAUGACGACCCCUUCGUUACUGAAGAUGACCGUGUCACAACACUUCUACCUUCAAGUCUUGAAGACGAGGCGCCCUCGAAGCGAAGUUCAAAACGUGAGUCUAUCAUCUUCAUGCCAUCCGGUGAGCCCUCCCAGCAGAACGGCACCCAAUCCAAGAGGCGUAAUAGAGAGUCCAUGAUCAUGUCAACGUCAAAAAGACAAAGUUGGUACGAAUCAAAGGAGAAACGCCGGGCGAAGCAUGGGGCUCUACAAGUCGAUGGAGAGAACUCGGAAACUGAAUACAUGUCAGAUGAAUCGUUCAUGGAAGAGAUACAAAGUGCAACGCUGCAAGAAGCGAAGCACAUGUCAGUCUCCAAGUCUCCGAUCACGCCUGUCUUUGGCCGAUUCCCAGGCGAAGCAACUACUCCUGUGAGGUCAGCAUCACAGCAGUACAACAGAGUUAGCCGUUUGUCACCAGAACAGAUGGGGCGCAAGGCUUCAGGUCCUUGGCCCCCUAAACAUGCGAAUACCGAUACAGUAGUAAUGGCUAAGAAGACCAAUGUGUCUUCUGGUAUCUCGCAAAGGAUCAAGGCACUCGCAGAGAAGUCCAACCGGGACUCGGCAUUACUUGGUGCUUCAGACUCACCAAGCUCUAACCUUGUACAAAGGAAGUCUUCCUUCUUCGCAACACCACCAGCUGUUGAGGGGUCUUCGAACGCGCGGGCAAUCCAGCGUCUAGGAAAUCCUUCAUUCUUGAAAACGCCUGCUACGACGGUGCCUGACAAGAAGCCUGUGUUACAGCCAACUCCAAAGGCGACUGUAUACAACGUGCAGAAAGCCGAGAAGCCAGAGUCUGUUCAGGUCACUGCUCGCAUUGUCCGAGAUGAGCGUACGACGCAGCCCGCACUGGUGAUGCCAACCCAGAACACCCCAUUGGAGCUUCACCAGAGCCCCCUCAUCAUCGAUCAUCAGAAGCCGGUAUUUACACCGAAGAGCCCUCCCCGUACUGCCUCAGAACCCACAUCUCCCAAGGCACCCUCUUCAUCGCAUUCACGCGAUCAGGUCCCCAAUCUUCCACGAUCAUCGUCUGAGAGCAGCUGGAAGGCAUUCGGUCGUCGUAUGAGCGAAUCGAAGUCUGUCCACAGCCAGGAAAGCCGUGACGAGAAGAAGGACGAAAAGAAAAAGGACGACAAGAAGAAGGAGAAAGAGACGCGCACGAGCAAACUGCUCAAGCGCAUGUCAUCAUCCAUGUCUGCAAUGCCCUGGAAGAACUCAAACACUAGUUCACCGCUGUCAGAAGAAGAUCUUCAAGGCACAUCCCUGGUUUCUACGCGCGAACCUCCGCCGCCCGUUCAUGUUGGCGAUCUUAACAUCCAGUUUCCGGACACAUUGCUCUGGAAGCGAAGAUGGGUCGAAAUCGACGCAGCGGGCAACCUUGUCCUAAGUCCUUCCAAGUCGAAUCAGAAGGGCGCCGUAAAGCGAUUCCACCUCAGCGAGUUCGAAACGCCAUACCCUCCUGAUCAAGACCGACAAGAGCUCCCCAACAGCGUGGUGCUAGACUUCAUCGACGGCAGGACCCUGCAGUGCGCUUGCGAGACCUACACAGCGCAAGCACAGGUCCUACAGAUCCUAAGAGAAGCCCACGACGCUUGGCUCGCAUACACACAGGCAGCAUAGCCUCGCCAACAAGUCAUCACCUCUCAUAUGUUCCCUUUACAAAAAACACGCCACCCACCUUGUUUCGUCGCCUUUUCUACCACAAAUACCUGUACCUAUACCUAUACACACCCUCACUUAGGCAAACACCCCCCGCCGCUUCCCUUUUGUCACGACCGCACGACCUUGGCCGUCUUUUUUCUUCCCUUGUGUGUGUUUUCUUGGAUAUAAAAUGGCCUUUUCGGAACUACAUCGCUCCGUUUUCUUUUCCUAGCUUGUAAACAAUCUGGUUUUUUUCGAGGCGUUCGAAUGCUCGCUUUUCUCACAAUACAUACCCCCCGCCCCCCCCCCCCCCCCCCCCC